AUGAAUUCUUACGAUAUUGCUGCAUGUAUUAUCAGCGCAUUUGUCAUUAUUGGUCUGAUUGCAGUUUUCGUCAUAUAUGUCUUUUGGAAACGUUGUCGUAAAUGGUUUGCAGUUUUCCCAACGAAAAAAGGACACAAGAUCGGUUUCUCUAUUGGUCAUGGUAUCCUAUUUGGUUUGUCUGUUGUUUAUGUUGCUACCGGAGCUUAUUUGGAUUCGAAUUCGGAUGACACUAUCAUCGAAAGUCGACGCUUGAUUCAGGAAGUCAAGAAUGAGGCAAACAGUGAGUGAAAUAACUCAUUUUGAGGUGUUAAAAUGAGACAAAUUAUCAUUUUCAGUUCUAAACACACUAGCUAUCAACGCCGAAAAGAAAUUGAGUCAUAUUCCAAAAAUGUCAAUGGAGGAUGCGAUCAACAAAACCCUAAUUUAUACAACAAUGGAAAAAGAUCUUAAAAAAGAUUUUAGUUUUGACUUUCCUGAACGAUUUAAUUUCUACCAAUUACUCAUAGUGAGCAAAAGAUUGGAAGAUGAACAAGAAAACAAAACUACCUGUGAACCGAUUCGAGAAAAAAUUUCAAUGCCCCAUUAUCGUAUUAACAAAAUCGAUGAUUUUUUUCCUUAUUUGAGACAGGAUCAUAUAGAUUAUCUUGAAUAUUUCCAAAAGAAAAUGAAUGCUGAAUAUGACAAAAGAGCGAAUGAAUUGGACAACGAAUUGGAGAAGAUGAACAAACACGGUGGAAAGAUCAGAAUGGUAAUUUAUUUUUAUUUUAAAGGCUGUCAGACAGCUAUUCCGGUUGACGGAGACCACCCACGAAGCCUCUGACUUUAACUGGUCUAAACUUGAAUCAAACAAAAGAUAGAGAUGAAAUACUGUGAAAAUAUGAAACUUCAAAUCUUUCUGUGCAAAAGUGCGUCGCCGUGUUUGCACACACACAAAUCCGCUUGACGUGGGGGCAACUUGAAAUUUUGAAAAAACAAGAUUUUCUCAGCUCGUAUUAACUUUCAUGAUUUCGGAAUUUUUUCACUGGUUCGUUUCAUAAUAAACUAUUUUUGACACUAAGCUUUGAGGAAAACCGGAAUAAUUGUUUAACUGCCUUUAAAAACUUGUGUUUAAAGGGGUUGUCCUGCUACAGGGAAACUUAGGCUUAAUCGAUAGAGCUAAGGUGCUCCUGAAACAUUCCAUAUUUUAUUUUGAUUUUAGAGCGAGUUUUCACCAUUUUAUUCAUGUUUUUGUUAGGUUUUAAGGUUUUCGUGCAUAUAAAAAACAUGUGUGCUCUUCACACACAUAAUUUAUUUGUGUGUAUUUCUCGCGAAACACAUUUUCUAACAUUUUUCAACUAUGGAAAGUGAUUUUAAUCAACUUUAGGCUUGCUUAUAGUUAGUUUUAAAAAGUGACGCACUAUUGCGGACUUGAUUUUCGACGUAGAAGGACAACCCCUUUAAUUAUCUUUAUUUUUUAAGCGUUUGACAAAAGAUUGGAAGACUGCUGUGGUUCAAAUUGGUCGUGUUGUUGAUAGAAAAACCAAAAAAGUGGAUGGCCAAGAAGUAUCCAAUAUUUUAAGCAAUAUUGGAUUAUGGUAUAUUCCACUUGGUGUCAUUCUUAUUUUCGUCAUUUCAUCAAUUUUACUCCAAUUCACAGAUGAGAAAUCACGAAAAAACCGAUGUCUUUUCAUUCUCACUCAUAUCAUGUUCUAUGUAAUUGUAUUGUUGACUUGUACUUGUGCUGGUUACAUCGUUCAUAAAGCUAUUGUUGGCAAGAAUGAAGAAUCAAUUCCUGAAGUACACCCGAAAUUUUUCGAUUUCCAAAUUCCUUUAUACGAUGGUCAUAAGAAAUCGUCCUUUGAAAUUCUCUCAAAAUCGUCUGGAAAAUUAUUCGAUUUGCCAAAUGAUGAUAUUCUGAUUGGAAAAAUUGAAUUUUUCGACAACUUGGAAAAGGAACUAGUGCAAGAUUUGGAAAAAUUGAAGCAGGAGGAAGAAUGCAGGCAGAAGAAUUUCGAAAAAAUCAGCAGUGCAAUAGAUGGUUGGAAUUAUAUUAAUUAUAUGGUCAGCCGUUUAAAUGACAUAAAAUCUAAUAAUGUGAAGGAAUGCGAUUCGUCUCUACCUGUUAUUGAUGCUUUUUUGGCCGAAUUUAACAAAACUGAAAACGUUACCAAAACUAUCGAAAUUUUGACGGCCAACUAUAGAGCGUGGGAGAGAAUGGGAGUUGCAUUGAGAACACUUGUGAAACAAAAAUCGAAAGAUCUGAAGGAUUUGGUGGAAAAACGAAAGGCGGAUAUCAAUGUGAGUUUUCUAGAAGAAAGAAAAUAUCAGAAAACGUUCAGAAUAGUCGAAAAAUUACUAAAUCUUUCAGGAAGGAAUCAAUAUCUUGAGCAUCGAUUGCAAAUCAACCAUGGCAACAAUGAACAAAAUACAUAAGAUUGGAACUGCUCACAAUGUUGAUGAAAAUAAGAAGGGUAUUAUGAUAUUGUUGAGUUGCUUUGUUUUGCUGAAUCUAUUUGCCUGCGAAGUGUCGUUCCUUUACACUUACCGCAAAUUUGGGCCUGACGAAUUAAUCAUUAUUUAUGAUGGUCGAUUGGCGUGGAUUGAAGGAGUUUUGAAGAGUGUAAGAAUUUUUUGAAUUUUAAGAAACCUAUCAAUUGUUUUUUUCAGUCCUGCGCAUAUUUUUAUGCAAAUUAUCGAGAAAUCGUUUCGAAAUUGAAAAUCACCGAAGUCUUGAUGGAAAGAGAUGAUUUAGUAAGUGCUGAGGACGACGAAGCACGACUAAAAUUGAUAUAUUUUUCAGAAACCUUUCGAAUCGACACUUCGUUGUUAUUUACCGUGCAUCAAAUCUACACGUGUUUUAUUGAAAAAUAUGAGUAUUUACAAAUAUUUUGUGCAUGCAAAUUAUAUUCCGUUGCCAAAUGCCGAAUUACAAAACGACGGUUGGAAAAAGAGCAAAUAUAUAGCUGCGAGUAGUCCGGUUAAGGAAGGCAUUUUUUUGUUCUUACACAUGUUGUACAAUGAGAAAGUGAGUUGUCUAUAGUUGUUUAUUGAUUUUUCUCAACUACUAACUGAUUUAGGUGAAUGUUGUAUUGAUGCUGUGUCGAUUUGUUGAGGAUGGACACGAGGAAUGUGCCCAAUAUUAUUCGGAGAAACUGGGAAAAACUUUGAGUUUUGGUGAAUAUUCGAUGAAAUUGGUUGAUAUCAAGAAAAGCGCAUUCAAAGAGUUUACUUGGCGAGUAUUGGAAUUGAGUUGUGGAACAGAUAAAAGAACUAUUAAUCAUAUUCAAUACACCGAAUGGCCGGAAAACUCUAUUCCAGAAAACCCUCAAAGUGUUUUGGCUAUGAUGAAUGCAGCAAGCGAUUUGUAUAAUGAUGCACCGAUUCUUGUUCAUUGUAAUGAUGGAAUUGGCCGUACUGGCACAUUAAUUGCAAUCGACUAUAUCUCGGAAUCACUCAAAUCGUUUGCCGAUGUUAGUUUGAUUGAAAAUAUGCGACAAUUGAGAAAUCUGAGAUAUGGUUUUGUUGGAAACGCCUUCCAAUUCUUGUUUCUGUACCAUGCUUUGCUCAGAAAAUUCACAAAAGUUAGUUUCAUAUUUUUCCCGCAAUUAAUUAAAACAUGAUGUAUUUCAGGAUGAAUUAGUUGCUGACGAACGAUGUCAAUGCUUUUAUAUCGAUUAUGAGCGCUUUAGAAGAUCACCGGAAUUCAAAUUGUGA